AUGAAUCCCUCAAGCUUCACCGGAUCAAGCACUACUGAGGAUCCAGAAAACUUUGUAGAGAAGUUGAAUAAGGUCUUUGAGGUUAUGCAUGUGGUUGAAUCUAAGAGGGUUGAGUUAGCUGCACUCUUACUAAAGAGUGUGGAUGGUACCUGGUUUGAUCAAUGGAAAGAUGGCAAAGGUGAGGAUGCACCACAGCCAAGUUGGGCUUGUUUCGAAGAAGCCUUCUUGGGGAGGUUCUUUCCCCAGGAACAAAAGGAAGCCAAGGGUAGUGUGGCGCAAGGAGGUAGUAAACCUCCUGCCUGCGCCAAGUGUGGUAGGAAUCACUCUGGCAUCUGUAGUGAAGGCUCCACGGUUUGUUUCAAGUGCGGUCAGACCGAGUAUUUCAUGAAAAAAUGUCCAAAGAACAAGCAAGGCGGUGGUAAUGGGAGUAAUGGAGCUCAGACUUCAUCAGCGGCUCCACCAGACAGAGCUACACCUAGAGGAGCCACUUUUGGUACGGGCGGAGGGUCAAAUCAUCUCUAUGCAAUCACUAGCCGCCAAGAUCAAGUGAUCUCUCUAGAUGUUGUCACGGGUAUAAUCAAAGUCUCAUCUUUCAUGUUUAUGCUUUGCUAG